AUGGGGAUCGCCAUUAUUCUUUAUGCUGUCAAACAAAAAAUAGACUGUGAAAUUAAAGUACGUAACACAAAAUUUAAUGAAAGAUUGACUGCGGAGAUGAACAAAAUUAAUUCGCACUAUACUGCGGAAGUCAUUUUAAUCAACGCUCGUAUCGGAAUUUUGGCUUUAGCCUUUCUUCGAAAUGCUGCAGAGGCGCAAAGUAUUCUCGACAGGAUUAAUAAUAUCGAGCAAACCGUUAAUGAUCUAUAUGAAGAGGCACGGUUAGUUAAUCAAUCGAGACUGCUCGAAGAGCAAAAUGAAACGGAAACAAUUAACUCAGCCGUCAACUCUUUGUCCAAUGUAUCUUCCGAAGGUAUUUCUUGCGACAUUUGGACUCGUUUUAAAUGUAUUACCGAUAGAAUUAUGACCGAAAAAAAAUUUACCUUAGAUGAAGCGUGUAAUAGAAUAGCAGUUGAAAUAAAUGAUUAUGGUAAAGGAAAGAUUUGUGCGCAGGCCGUAAAGAAUUUUUACAAAAAGAAUAAUUCUCAUAGUAUUAGGAACACAUUUCCUAAAACCUUUGCAGAGGAAGUUCUAGAAACCUAG